UGCUGAUGAUACAAACAUUUUGUUGCACAUCGUGGGGAAAAACCUAUUUUCGAGACAGAUUUUGUGAUAAAUCGUCAUCAAGAUUCGAGUUUGAUAAUCAGAAGAAGACAUCAUGGGUGUUCCCAAGUUCUAUCGCUGGAUCAGCGAGAGAUAUCCAUGUUUGAGUGAAGUUGUGAAAGAAAAUCAGAUUCCAGAAUUUGAUAAUCUUUACCUGGACAUGAAUGGUAUCAUCCAUCCUUGCUCCCAUCCAAAUGAUGAAGACGUUCAUUUCCGCAUCACAGAGGAACAGAUUUUCAAGGCUAUAUUUCACUAUAUUGAGGUGCUGUUCCGCAUCAUCAAGCCAAGGAAAGUUUUCUUCAUGGCAGUGGAUGGAGUAGCGCCCAGAGCUAAGAUGAAUCAACAACGAGGGAGAAGGUUCAGAUCUGCCAAAGAAGCCGAAGAGAGAGAGAAAGAAGCUGUCUCAAAAGGGGAGGUCCUCCCGACUGAGAAGAGGUUCGAUUCCAAUUGCAUCACUCCCGGAACCCCGUUCAUGGUUCGCCUCCAGGAACAGCUGAAAUAUUUCGUCCGUCAAAAACUGACGAAAGACCCGACCUGGCAGGGACUACGAGUCUACCUUUCAGGCCAUGAGACUCCAGGAGAAGGAGAGCACAAGAUCAUGGACUUUAUCCGAACUGAGAAAGCUGACCCGAACUAUGACCCUAAUACUAGGCAUUGCCUCUACGGACUAGACGCUGACUUGAUCAUGCUUGGCCUCAUAUCUCACGAGCCUCACUUCUCCCUGCUUCGAGAGGAAGUGAGAUUUGGUAAGAUCGCCAACCAGAAACGACCUACGACCCCUGAGGAGACGACCUUUCACCUCUUACAUCUGUCGCUCAUGCGGGAAUACCUCGAGAUUGAGUUCAGCCCUGUCAAGUCCAAGAUAGAUUGGUUUGAUGGGGAGAGGAUCAUCGAUGACUGGGUCCUGAUGGGAUUUCUAGUCGGCAACGAUUUCAUCCCUCAUUUGCCUGAUCUGCAUAUAUCCACUAAUGCAUUGCCGCAGCUUUAUAAGACUUACAUGAAGGUGCUGCCGUCCCUCGGUGGUUACUUGCAUAGUCAUGGCAAGCUGCAUAUGUCACGCUUUGAGAAGUUCCUUGGUCACUUGGCGCAGUUUGACAGGGAAAAGUUUGACGAGGGCAAUGCUAGUCUUGGUUUAUUCGCUGGAAAGACAGACAUUCGUGCCUGGGAGAGUGAAAAGGUUAAAGGCAAGAAGCAGCAAGAGAAAGAACGAAGAGCUGCCAAGGCCUUGACCAACCAGUUUUCAGUGCUUGAUAAUCUGGAUGAACUGAUGGGAGCCCCUGAGGUGAAGCCUGAUUCAGGGUCAAAGAACACUGCCUUCCAGACCGGUGAAGACUCAUAUGAUGAUGAAUUCGAUGACACGUUUGAAGAAGAGUUCAAAGCUCACAAGGCAGCCUACUACUCGGACAAGUUCGAAGUCGAAAACAUCACAGACAAUCAAUUGGCAGAAAUUGUUUACAACUACAUCUUGGCAAUUCAGUGGAUUCUUGAUUAUUACUACAAUGGCAUACAGUCGUGGGGUUGGUACUACCCCUACCACUAUGCCCCGUACAUGUCAGAUCUUCAAGGCUUCAGUAAUGCCACUUUGAAGUACGAGAGAGGUAAGCCAUUCUUGCCCUUCCAGCAGCUCCUAGGUGUCUUACCCGCUGCCAGCAAGGAACUCCUGCCACUUCCGUAUCAGAAACUUAUGACCAUGGACAGCUCCCCUAUUAUUGACUACUACCCAGUGGACUUUGCUAGUGACCUCAAUGGUAAACUACAGCAGUGGGAGGCUGUGGUGCUCAUUCCAUUUAUAGAUGAGAAACGUCUCCUGGCCGCCAUGGAUGAAGUCAGCAAGUAUCUUACCGAUGAAGAGAAGGGUCGCAAUCGACACGGACCUCAUCUCUUGAACACCUGUGAUGAAACUCUCAGCUACACCUACCCCACGUCAAUGCCGGGCCACUUUCCUGACAUCAAUGCCUGCAAGGCUAAGUGUGUUGAGAUAGCCAAGGAUUCCUUUCAUCUCCACCCCAGCAAGCUCUUUCAUGGUCUGUGCAAGGGAGUCAAGUUUGGGGUCUACUUCCCAGGCUACCCAACCCUACAUCACCUUAAAUUCACUAGUACAUUGAAGAAGGACGACAUCAAGAUAUUUCAGCAGAACAGUAGAGGGGAUAGCGUGAUCUUGACAGUCCAGACAGAAAAUUCCGAUGUGAAAGCAGAAGAUGUUGCCAAGGAGCUUUUAGGAAAGACGUGUUUUGCCGAGUGGCCUCAUCUCAGAGAAGUGCGGGUCGUUGCUGUGGCAGAUGAUGCCAUGAGGUAUGAUCUUGAAGAUUCCAAGCUGAAGGGUCCGGAUUCGACUGACAAGCCGCUGGGUGUCAUGUCUCGUGAGAUGUCAGAUUUUGACGCCGGUGUUUGGGUGAGGGACAUCAAAGCCAUCCAAGAAAGGUAUCACAAGAGGAAAGGAGUGAAGAUUGGGCCAACCUAUGUGAUCGUGUACGCAUGUCCACUCAUGGGAAGAAGAUACAUCAGUGGAGUGAAUGGAAUCAUUACCUUAGAGAAACAGUGGGCCCUUCGCCCGGUACCCUUCGCCUAUCAGAUGCUGGUUAAGGACAUAACGGUGCACGAUUCCACCUUCCAGCAGUUCAAAACACUAGACGAGGUCUACCCGACAAACUCCCAGUGCUUCAUGCUGGGCUCGCCUAACUACGGUUGCCAGGGCAACGUCAUGGAGAUAGAGAACGGCAGAGUGCGAGUCGUGUUAACCGUCCCCGUGGAACCCAACUUGAAUCACGUGAAGAACUCGCAGGAUCGUCAUGAGGUGCACUACCUUCCAGCCUAUGUUUUAGGCCAGCGCCUUGGUCUGACAUCAUUGAUCAUAUCUCGGUUGUCGGGAACCAUCUUCGUUGGCCGAGGAUCCAGACACAGUUCCUCAGUGGGUCCAUCUAAGAAUUUCAACAUCGGUUUAAAUUUGAAGUUCAACAAGACGAGUCAGGAGAUCCAGGGCUACUCCAAGAAGGACGAAGCUGGGACCUGGCUCUACUCCACUAAAGUCGUCGACGUCAUCAAGGAUUAUAUGGCCAAGUUUCCAGAAGUGUUUUCCUACCUGAGCCAACAUCCUCGAGACGACAGUUUCUUUGAGGACGACCUCUUCAAGGGAAAGUCUGGACGGAUGAAGGAGCUUCAAGACUUCAUCUCUGAUAUACCAUGUGCUAAAGCAUCUAAGGUCGCCAUCGGGCUGAAGAAUCUUGACGAGCCGAUUGUCAAGUUGAUCGAAGAGGAAGUGCAGAAGAGUUUAAGACAGAAAGUCCGGAAACAGAAGAUGGCUGUCCGACCUCAUCUCCUCUAUAGGCCCCUUCAUUACCUAGGCAACCUAAUACCAGACCCCGAGGCUGAGCAUGAGUUGUUUGACCGGGUAAUCAAUGUCAGGGAAGGGUUCAGCGUCCCUCUUGGUCUACGCGGUGUGAUCAUUGGAAUACAACCAGGCAGCGGUAUCUUGGACUUCCUCUAUGAAGUCGUCUUCGAUGAGGAGUUCCCCGGAGGACUGAAGAUCCGCUGUGAUGGCCAUCGAGGUUACAAAGUACCAACGACGGCAGUUAUUAACAUAUCCUAUGGCAUGCGUAAAGAGCAAUGCCAACAGCAGAGUAAUAAACCAAUGGCAGUUGUUAAACCCCAGGUGUUCCCUCAACCCAAUGCCCAGACACAGAGCCGAGGCUGGUACUCUAACAUGGUGACCAAGCUAGGAUCCAACCAAGAGCAGCAAGUGCAGCGUCAACAACAACAACAACAACAACAACAACAGCAGCAGCAGGUUAGCAGAAGUAAGAAACAACCACUGGCGCAGGCUUCUUUAAAAGGAGCCAUCAACUACAGGGCGGCCCUAGAACAAGAUAACGGUUUCAAGCAAACCAGUGAUCAGAAGUCCAAUAAACAAGCUACUCCCGCUCCCAUGACGAUCCUGACUCGAUCGGGGCCCAAACUGAUCUCACGAUCACCAACCAAAGAUCCUCAAGGUAGGGCCAUUGACAAGCAACUGAGGCACCAAGGCAAGGAUCAGAUGGAUAGGAUUGAAAGUAAACCAAUGCCGCAGACACCACAGGGUCAGACACAACGACAAAACUCUGAUGCAAAGUCAGUGUCCAAGGGCGAAGUCAGCGAGGAUGCUCGAAGUGGACGCCACAUCCCUAAAGAAACUUCAAAACUUCAACAGAGCGCCCCCGUUAGUGAGGUGGACGAGUUCGCCGAUAUGUGGCGUAACCUGCAGAAGGGAGCCAGUAGCAGCGGUGCCUCGUCGCCGUUCACCGAAGACGCCUCGACAGACAAGGAUGAUGAGCGGAAUGUAGAGAGCGACGACCUGACGUCUCCGUUCGCAUCCGGGAUUCAGACACCACUCUCCGAAGAGGAUUCAGAAAGCGGUCCUUCUAUCCAGAUGCAGCUGGCACUGUCUGCAUUGCCCAAGGUGGACGUCAACAAGCCUAGUUUGGCUGAUGAUAACGUGGGCGAAGAUAUCGUCUUGGAAGGCACUGAGGAGGACGAGGAAGUGGAGGAGUUUGAAAUUGAAGAAGAAGCUCGGAUGACCCCGAGGACAUACGCAAAGUCUGGAACCGCUGAACUAUGUCGGAUGUUAAACAUCGCAUCGAUGUCUGGGAGUAAUGCCGAGGUGCAAGAUGAUUUGAUCAUACCACACUCUGUCAUCAUCGAGGCUUCCUCAGGAACAAAGCAGUACGGCAGACCGCUUUCGUUGGACCAACUUUUCGCAGGUGCUGUCAAUACCCAGCCAUCGCCCGGCAGCUCACCUGUACCCCUUACGCCUACUAACCCUAACCCAGUCAACAUACCCACUCUGCCACAAGGGGUACCACAAAGGGUACCACAAGGGGUGCCACAAGGGGUAGCACAACCUACAGCAUUCCAUACCCACCCUCAGCAACCCAUGCCGAUACCGAGCCAUCACCACCCAGGAGAUGGAAGAGGCCCGAUGUCGCCUGGUAGAGGUGGUCCAGCUAAUAUGAGUAACUCCAACGUAAACCCACCUCAGCCAAUCCACCUUCAUAGACAGCCUACACAUCCCACCAACCUAGUUCCUGUAUCCAUGUCCAUGGGACCACUUAUACCCACUGGGCAAGAGGGAUUCCAAAAAGGAACCCAGAUGAUCCCAACGAGGGCCUUUCCAGCCCAGCAAAUGGGCUCAAUAUCCCAGAGUGGUGUCUCUCCCCGACUCUCCCCCGCCCACUAUCUAGCCCAGUCCCCGGGUACCCAGCCCUCAUCAGUUGCUACCCAGCCUGUACCCGGUGGUGUUGUCAUCAUACGCCCAGGGGUACAGCGAGUGAUGCAGCAACCAGGCUUUGCAAUGCACCCCGGUGUGCAAAUGUCCGCUGACCAACAAGUACCAUCAUGGCAGCAGGUUAUAGUGUCCCACCAUCAAGGCAAGCAGCAGUCGUUUCAGCCUCAGGUACAAGCUCAACCUGUACGGCUUCCAGGCCAGCAUGUCAUGCAAGUAGCCCCACACCAACAGCCCGGUAAUCAACCUCAGAUGAACCAGGAGAUUGGAGUUAAGCCCCUUAUGACCCAAAACAUGCCCCGCCCAAUGCAGUAUCAAGCCCCACCCUCCCCCCAACAGCCUAUCAACCCCGCCCAACAGAAUGUGAAUCCCGCACAACAAAACAUUGGCCCCAGCCCACAGAACGUUGUCCACGCCCCGCAAAAUAUUCCCCUCGCCCAACACACUAUGAUCCCCACCCAGCCAAACAUGAACACUGCUGUACAAAACAUGGGUCCCGUGAGAAUGCAAGGACAACCUUUGACGCAGAUGUCCCAGCUUAACAGAAAACCACUAAUGGGUAUGACUGUGGGGAUGACCGGUCAACCUCGUGGGCCGCAACAACACCUCCCUCAGAACUUCGGACAAAGUGGACAGUUAACACAUCAACCUCUGAAUGCUGUGCAGGCUCUCUUAGCAUGGUGCCGACACCAGAAUCUAAAGUUUCCGAUGUACACUUUCCAAAGGAACAUACAGACGGGUCAUUGCAGAGGAAUUGUUCAGCUUUCCAACGGUGUUCAAUUCGUAGGCCCAGACUGUCCUAAUGAUGAUGUGGCUGCAGAAGCCGUAGCUCGGGCGACUAUGGCUCAAGUGACAAAACAGCAGCCCAGAGGUGUUUUUCAUCAGUUACGACCAACAACGAGACCCCCAAUGGGAAUGAACCAGCAACAGGGAGUUAUGUUUCACGCAUCCGGAGCAAAUCCAUUUGUUCCUCUACAGGUAACAAAGCAACUCAACACACCGAGCAAGUCCCACCCCGCCUUUGAUACAGAAUCAUCCCCAGCCAGAAUCGUCCCCCAUCCACAAAUGGAAUAUCCCACCUCUGCAGGCCCCUCCAUACCUCAAAUGGACUCGGCUGCCAUGCCAACUAACCAGUCAGUGUUUGUGGAGAAUCCCGGGCUUAGGUCAAGAGGGAUCAGUAGUGACCCCCCUGUCAUAGGAAUAGAACAGACCCAGAUGUUAGAGGUUGAUCUAUCCCAGGGAACAGACCAUUCGAAGAAACAGGUGUCAAAUGCAGCUGCCGUCAAAACUCGCAGGGGCUCCUCUAAAGCGAAGCUUGCAAUCAACUUUGGUAGUAAAAAUUAGCUUUACAUACAUUAAAUACAUCCCUUGGGGUCAAAGGUGAAGAAGGGUGUCAAAGGUGAAGAAGGGUUCAGCGUGGUGUACCAGUAAGUUUAAAUAAUUAAAAUGAUUUUUAACAGAAAGAAAAUGUAGUUUUUAAUCUAAUGUUUUAGCUAGCACAUUUGAUUUAGCCAUCACAGUCUCAAUAUUAUUGGCAAAGACACUUUGAAAAAAAAAGAGAACAAAAAUGAAAAAUAUCAAAGCCUUGAAAUGUUUUGCCUAAGACUGUUGAGAUUUUUGAAGGUAUUUUUUUAAAUGAUUGUUUUUGGUUUAUUUUCAACUUUGCCGUUUAUGCAAGGCUUUAAAAUGUGACUUAAUUAAUGUAUUUUAAUUUUUUAAAUUGUAAGAAGUAAACACUGCAUUUUUGUUUAACUUGAUGAGCUGUUUUAAGUU